AGAGCGCCAUACCGAAUGCUAUGGUCGGUCCUGCAGUCGACGAAGGAAAGGCGCUUGACGAUGAAGCGUUCUUCGUCGUGAAGCUCGGUCCAUCCAAGAUAAGAGCGUCAAAGCUGGGCGUCCUGUUCCUCGCAUUCUGCGCUGCCCUCUACUUGUGGGGCUCGUCCUCGUUCAUCCGACGCACGACACCGACGGUCCCAGCGACGUCCCCGGAAUCCUACGCCCACCUCGCCUCCCACUGCGCGUCCAUCCCACCCAUCUCCGCCAACGAGUUCCACGCGCGCCAGACGGCGCUCGCGCAGACGCUCGCGUCUCUCAACGCGUCCGCCUACAUCGCCGAGCCCGGAGCAAACGCCCAGUUCUUCGGCAACAUCUCCGGCUCGAGCUGGCACCUCUCCGAGCGCCCGUUGCUGCUCAUCGUCUCCCCCGCGUUUGACGCUUUCGGCGAAGUCCAACCCAAGAUCACGAUCCUCACUCCUUACUUCGAAGAGACGCGCGCGAAGCUGCUCGAGGUGCCCGCGGCGGAUGGCGUGGAGUACGCCGCUUGGCCGGAGGAGGCGGACCCGUACGCGAUCGCCGUCUCCGCGAUCGGGGGUGGUAGCGGGAAGAUUUUCGUCGACGCGUCCAUUCGGCACUUCAUCGUCGACGGCCUGCGCGGCGCCGUCCCGGAGUCGGUCGCCGUCGAAUCCGCGCCCUUGGAGAUCCGGUACUUGCGGGAGCGCAAGUCUCCCGCCGAGUUGGAAAUUCUGAAGUGCGUCAACGAGGUCACCGUGCUCGCUGUCCGCGAGGUGCGCGAUAAGAUGUACAUUGGCAUCCGCGAGUCGGAGGCGCGGGACAUGAUCCUGGCAGCUCUCGGCGCGGCGGGCCUCCAUGACCUGGACUCUCUCGUGCUCUUUGGAGAAAACGCCGCGCUCCCGCACGGAAGCGGCACCGACCGCGUACUGGGCAAGAACGACUUUGCCCUCUUCGACUGCGGCGGAGGGUUACACUCGUACUUCAGCGACGUGACGAGGACCUUCGCGCUGAAAGAUACGGUCCUGUCCAAGGAGCAACUCGCGCUGUGGAAGCUCGUGCACGCGGCGCAGACGAAGGCGUCGACGUUCAAGAACGGGACCAUCACUCGGGAGGUCGACGAAGCCGCUCGGGCCGUCAUCGAGGACGGCGGGUACGGGAGGUACUUCACCCAUCGGCUCGGACACGGUAUCGGACUCGAGGUCCACGAACAACCCUACCUCCGCGGCGGAAGCUCCGACGUGAUCCAAAUCGGCCACACCUUCACGAACGAACCCGGGAUCUACAUCGAGGGCAAGGUCGGAAUCCGUCUGGAGGACUGCUUCUACGUUGAUGAGAACGGCGAUUUCACCUUCUUAACUGCCGGCGUCGGAGGCCAAGCGACUUGCCCCUGGUCUCCGUGAACGCGCCGACGGGUGUAAUUGAUAACAUUGGAUAUAGGGUUUACUUUAGGAGAGGGACAAUAAAAACAAUGGAACGCCGUUUCCCGAUUGUUGCUGGUCGUCGGCCAGCUUAUCGUGGUGCGAGGCACGGGAUCACUAGAGGCUCUCAUCCUAUCGCGGUCCCUAAAGGGGUCUGCGCCGGCGAAAGCAAUGACUGGUCUGCACAACUUCCCGCCAAAACUUCGAACGAUCCCGGAGAGUGCAGGAACCAGAUCAUAGCACCAUUCCUGACGGACGCGUGCAGGGCGGAGGCGAC